CCAUCUUUGAAAAUCCCUGCGCCGCCUGCCUGUGUGCGCUGCAGAUGUGCGCUGCCGGGGCGCACUAGGGGCAGGAGGGAUGCGGGUGGGUAGGAGACACACUUCCUCAGUGACUGUGCUGCUGCGUGCAGACCAUGUUCCUGUGAUCAGUGUAUGCAGAGGAGGAGAAGAAGGGGGGCUGGAAGAGUAGGAGGAGGUGGUGAAGAAUAAGGAGGAGGGAGGUUUAGCUCAGUCUCAGUUGGCAACAAUAGAGAGGGCUGGAAAUCUUUCACUAGCCCCCCUCCUCACAGCAGUCUCUCUGGCUUGAUAUUGCAGGCAGCAGCAGCAGAACCACUUGCAGGAUUGCAUUGUCCUCUGAUGGCCGGAAAGGGCUCUGAUUUGGAGUGUGGACUCUGAGUGGCCCGCUCCCCGCUGGAUCCGUGGAAGGAUGAUGGAGGCAGGGGCUCUCGUGAACGGCUUUGCCCCCUGUGGGCAGAGUGAAGCUGAGCUGACCCAUCUAUGCAGGAGCCUGGAGGUUGGCACAGUAAUGACUCUCUUUUACUCCAAGAAGUCCCAGAAGCCAGAGAGGAGGACCUUUCAGGUGAAGCUGGAGACGAGACAAGUUACAUGGAGCAGGGGGGCAGACAAAGUAGAAGGGGCAGUGGACAUCAGAGAGAUAAAGGAGAUUCGCCCAGGGAAGAAUUCUCGGGACUUUGACCGUUACCAGGAAGAUGCCACAGUGCGCUUAGAACCAGAUCACUGCUUUGUUAUCAUUUACGGAAUGGAAUUUAGACUUAAGACCUUGAGCCUGCAAGCCACUUCAGAUGAGGAAGUCAACAUGUGGAUUAAAGGGUUAAACUGGUUGCUCCAGGAUACCCUUCAAGCCCCCACACCAUUGCAGAUAGAGAGGUGGUUACGGAAACAGUUCUAUUCCUUGGACAGAAAUCGAGAAGACAAGAUCUCUGUCAAGGACUUGAAGAAUAUGCUGUCACAGGUCAACUACAGAGUUCCAAGCAUGAGGUUUUUACGUGACCGAUUAACGGAAGUAGAGCAGAGGAACCAAGAGAUUAAUUAUGCUCAGUUCGCCCAGCUGUACCGUUCCCUAAUGUACAAUGCACAGAAGACGAUGCCGCUUCCAUUCCUGGAAAGAGGUGGAGAGCGUCCAGAGCUGUACCGGGUAUCCCUAUUGGACUUCCAGAACUUUCUCCUGGAUUAUCAAAAGGAGACAUGGGCAGCAAACCAGCUUCAGGUUCAAGAGUUUAUGUUCCAGUUCCUGCGUGACCCUCUGAGGGAGAUAGAGGAACCAUACUUCACCUUGGAGGAGUUUGUUUCAUUCCUGUUCUCCAAGGAGAACACUGUAUGGGAAUCGGCGCUGGACACUGUGUGUCCCCAAAAUAUGGAUAACCCCCUCUCCCAUUACUGGAUAUCCUCUUCCCACAAUACGUACCUAACAGGGGACCAGUUCUCAAGCGAGUCCUCUCUUGAAGCAUAUGCCCGCUGUUUGCGGAUGGGCUGUCGUUGUAUAGAAUUGGAUUGCUGGGAUGGACCAGAUGGAAUGCCAGUCAUCUAUCAUGGACAUACCCUGACCACCAAAAUAAAGUUCUCUGAAGUUCUCUUCACCAUCAAGGAACAUGCCUUUGUCACAUCAGAAUACCCGGUCAUCUUAUCUAUUGAAGACCAUUGCAGCAUAGCUCAGCAGAGAAAUAUGGCCCAGUACUUCAAGAAAGUAUUUGGGGACAUGCUUUUGAUCAAACCAGUGGAUGUCAGCGCUGAUGGCCUCCCAUCUCCAAACCAGCUUAAACGCAAAAUUCUCAUAAAGCACAAGAAGCUAGCAGAAGGCAGCACCUAUGAGGAGAUUCCAACUUCCACUGUUUAUUCGGAGAAUGAUAUCAGCAAUUCAAUCAAAAAUGGAAUAUUGUACCUGCAGGAUCCCAUUAAUCACGAAUGGUAUCCUCAUUACUUCGUACUUACCAGCAGCAAGAUCUACUAUUCGGAGGAGACCACUGAUGGACAAACAAACGAUGAUGAAGAGGAGCAAAAAGAGGCCAGUAAUAGCUCUGAGUUACACUCUGCUGAGAAAUGGUUCCAUGGGAAACUUGGUGCCGGCAGGGAUGGACGACACAUUGCAGAACGCCUCCUAACUGAUUACUGCAUUGAGACUGGCGCCCCAGAUGGUUCCUUCCUAGUGCGGGAAAGUGAGACCUUUGUCGGGGAUUACACGCUUUCCUUCUGGAGGAAUGGAAAAGUGCAGCACUGUCGGAUACACUCUAGACAGGAGGCUGGUAGCCCCAAGUUCUUCCUUACAGAUAACCUGGUGUUUGAGAGUCUGUAUUCCCUUAUAACUCACUACCAGCAGAUGCCUUUACGGUGUAAUGAGUUUGAAAUGAGGCUGACUGAGCCUGUUCCACAAACCAACGCUCAUGAGAGCAAAGAAUGGUACCAUGCCAGUCUCACCCGGACACAAGCCGAGCAUAUGCUGAUGAGAGUACCGCGAGAUGGAGCUUUCCUGGUACGCAAGAGAAGUGAGCCCAACUCCUAUGCAAUAUCAUUCAGAGCGGAGGGGAAGAUUAAACAUUGCCGGGUGCAGCAGGAAGGUCAGAGUGUUGUGCUGGGAAGCUCGGAGUUUGACAGCUUGGUGGAUCUGAUUAGUUACUAUGAGAAACAUCCAUUAUACCGCAAGAUGAAACUGAGAUAUCCCAUCAAUGAGGAGACUCUUGAGAAGAUUGGCACAGCUGAGCCAGAUUAUGGAGCACUGUAUGAAGGAAGGAACCCAGGUUUCUAUGUGGAACCCAACCCCAUGCCUGCAUUUAAGUGCUCUGUCAGGGCCCUGUUUGAUUAUAAAGCUCAACGAGAGGAUGAACUUACUUUCACCAAAAAUGCCAUCAUCCAGAAUGUGGAGAAGCAGGAGGGUGGAUGGUGGCGUGGAGACUACGGAGGCAAAAAGCAGAUGUGGUUCCCCUCUAACUAUGUGGAGGAGAUAUUCAGCCCAGCAGAACCUGAACCUGAGCGGCCACAUCUGGAUGAGAACAGCCCACUUGGAGACCUCCUUGGAGGAGAACUGGAUGUGCCAUCAUGCCAGAUUGCUAUUCGGCAUGAGGGGAUGAACAGUCGUCCUUAUGUUUUUUCAAUAAAUGUCCCAUCUGUGACAAGAUGUCCACUUGAUGUGGCGGCUGACUCUGCAGAAGACAUGAAUGACUGGGUAAAGAAAAUCCGAGAAGCAGCACAGACAGCAGAUGCUCGGCUCACAGAAGGAAAAAUUAUGGAACGAAGAAAAAAAAUUGCUCUGGAGCUGUCUGAGCUUGUCAUUUAUUGCCGACCUGUGCCUUUUGAUGAAGAGAAGAUAGGCACAGAAAGAGCAUGCUAUCGGGACAUGUCAUCCUUCCCUGAAACGAAAGCAGAGAAAUACGUUAACAAGCUAAAAGGAAAGAAGUUCCUGCAGUACAACAGACGCCAGCUGUCCCGCAUCUAUCCCAAAGGACAGCGCCUUGAUUCCUCCAAUUACGACCCAAUGCCAAUGUGGAUUUGCGGCAGCCAGUUGGUAGCACUUAACUUCCAGACUCCAGAUAAGCCCAUGCAGAUGAACCAGGCUCUUUUCCAUUCCGGUGGGCGCUGUGGUUAUGUCCUGCAACCAAGCAGUAUGAGAGAAGAAAUGUUCGACCCAUUUGACAAAUGUUCCCUUCGUAUGCUGGAGCCAGUUAUUAUCUGUAUUGAGAUCAUGGGCGCCAGACACCUACCCAAGAAUGGCAGAGGUAUUGUGUGCCCAUUUGUGGAGGUGGAAAUCUGCGGAGCUGAAUAUGACAAUGCCAAAGCCAAAACAGAAUUUGUAGUUGAUAAUGGGUUGAACCCAUUCUGGCCUCAAAAAUCUUUCCAGUUUCUUAUUGCUAACCCAGAAUUUGCCUUCCUGAGGUUUGUGGUCUACGAGCAAGAUAUGUUCAGUGAUCAGAACUUCUUGGCCCAGGCUUCUGUCGUGGUGCGAGGCCUAAAAACAGGUUACAGAGCAGUCCCCCUAAAAAAUAAUUAUAGUGAAGACCUGGAGUUGGCUUCUCUACUUAUGCGCUUAGACAUCUACUCCAGCAAGCAGGAGAAUGGAGAGGUUAAUGGUGCGUCAGCACCCCGAGAGAGAAUCAGUGACCCCACUGCUGGGCGCACACGUGACAGCCUAAGCGAUUCCCGAUUUCCAGCACACCAGCUAGAUGACUUUCGAAUGUCACAAGAACAAUUAACAGAUCCAUUUGAUAGAGAACGGAGGAUCCCACGGAAAACACGCCUUAGCGGAGAUAACAGGCUGUAGACUGGAAGUGAUCAGGAUGUUCCUCAAUCUAGGCUGACAUUGCUUUCCGAAGACAGACACCAUUCAAACUCAUUCUGUCCUGUCCUCUCGGCAGAAGGAAAGUGCCUCAGUAGGGAGUUCGCUGUAUGGCAGUUUGAACUUUGCACAUACGGUGUCACGUACAUCCCUUAAAAUGAACUCUGCAAGGUUGUUUUAGUUCAGUAUCACAGUGUUUCCACAAAGGGAGCUAUUUACCUGCAGCACAAACUGUAGAAACUAUUUCUCUAUAUAUGUAAUGCCUUGUAUAUUAGUGGGGCUGUUCCCAAAGACUGGGUUUCCAUUAAGCCAUUUCCAGAGUUGUGGGCAGCCACUUGCUUUCAUCAAUUUUCUAUGAAACUGUGAAAAGGAGGAAGUUAAAGCGUAGUGUGUUUUAGUA